AUGGAUCAUUUAAUAAUAUUACCGUGCCACUCAAUCUGGCAUGGCGGCCAAUCUUUGGGACAAAAUAAGGAGGAAUGGUCCCUUGCUCCAUUUCAACACGAAGGCGAGGACCAUCUUUGCUUUAUUGAUCAUAUAGAUUCAAGUCUUAAAUUACUCGAGACAGAUCCAAGGGCCACCUUAAUUAUCUCCGGUGGUCAAACUAAACCAGAAAUAGAAAUAUCUGAGUCCCAAUCUUACCUUAAUCUUGCGAAGGCUAUCUCGCCUGACUCUACAUCUUCUCUUGCAGGUCGAAUUGCACUUGAGGAAUAUGCACGAGAUUCCAUGGAAAACGUUAUCUUUCUGAUCAGUCGAUUCUUCGAAUUGCAUAAAAGAUACCCCAAACACAUCACAGUUGUCGGAUUUGAAUUCAAAAGAUCCAGAUUUUUACAUCACCACUUCAAAGCAUUGAAGUUCCCGUCAGAAAAUGUACACUAUAUAGGAAAUUCUCCUACACCUCCCGAAAGCGUCGCUGAGGCCUACUUCGAAGAUUUGAAAAAAUCCGAGAAUCGAUUUGCUGUGAAGCUUUUUGAGUCCGAUUGGUUUGGAGUACAGGAAGGUCUUAAAAGUAAAAAGAUUUCGAGAAAUCCAUUCAAUAGAACUCACUCCUUUGGUAAAUCUAAUCCACAAUUGAAAGAAUUCUACGAAGAGUUGGGGAGCGAAACUGCUCUGAACGAGUCUAUCCAAAAUAAGCUAGUAAAGUGGUUCUAG